CUUCAAAAUGCCCUGGAGAAUCUUCGUCUGGACACAGACCAAAGAGAACAUUUGGAGAGAGAAGCCCGAGAGGGACUCGAGGCAAAGCUCUGACAAGCUGAAACCCUCCUUGAAAGGGCUGAAAUUGAACUGAAAGAAAGAGAUGCUAAAGCUAAGGCCUAUGAAAAUCACCUGAACAUGGCCCGAGCUGAAAUCCAUGAUCUUACACAGCAUAAAAACUUUCUAAAAGAUGAACUUGACAUCGUUCACAGAGAACUGAAACAUUCUUAUAGACUGCAAAGUGAACAAAAAGAGGAAACACACUCCACAGAGUUUCCCCUGGCCAGUGGACCCACCCCUUUCAGCCAAGAACUUAGAGCUGAAAAAGGGAGUGAAAGCCUGCUUUUCAAAAUGUCACCAACCAGCCUGCACGAACCCCUGUCAGCAGCGGGGGAGGGAAAACCCUUCCAGAAAGUCCUGGUCACCAGCCACAGACACAUGGCUCCCAAAGAACUGGACAAGCUGGCUAGAAACAUCCCUACGUUCAACCCAGAUCCUGCAGGAGGCCAUGACAUUCACGCUUACUUACAGGACAUAGACUUUCACUUACAAACUGUCGCCAACGUAACCACUUGGGACAAACUAUACCUGCUCAGAAUUACGUCCAGUCGUGAGGUACGCAGUUUCUUAGACCGUCAACCAGAGACUGUCAAAACAGACUACCAGCAACUGCGAAAAGCUUUGGUGCGUGAAUUCUCUGAUCCAGAAUCAGACCAAGGGUUAGUAACCGCAAUGGACCUCAAGCAAGGUCGACUUGAAACCCCAACGAAUUUCUAUAACCGACUGCGACGUGCCUACUUCGGAGCACGAAAUGAACAAGGCAUGGAGGAAGACAUUAACUUCCGAACUUUGUUUCUUCAAAACCUCCAUCCUACUGUAAGCCACCAUUUGGGAGUAUUAGCGUGCCCGCGUAGCAUGUCAACGCAACAUUUACGCGACUUAGCCCAUAAGGCUUACACCAAACAAAAGACUCUGUCAGAAAAGACUGUAAAACACCCAACUAUUUGCCCUGUCUCUGAGUCCUAUUCAGAGUUGACCCUAGAGGGCGCCCAACCGCACCACAGUUAUAGACCCAACAACCGAGAGUCAAGACCGUUCCAAGCCAGCAGAGGGCAGCGUGGUCGUGGUGGUGCCCGUCCGAGGCAACAGAACGACCGCUCUGGAGGAUCCUGGGACCGGCCUCGCCCCUCCCACAACCAAAAGGGGGGGGCCACCUGGGAAGCCAGCCGGCGACUCAGAAAUAGCCGACCUACAGCCUCCAGAACACCAAGCCCAGGGAGCCGGGAGGGGGAACACUCUCAACGUGAUGCUUGGAAGCUCAAGGCUGAACCCACAUCUAACAAGGAAAGUGCAGCCACGUCCGAAGCUGCAGAACUUCUGAAUGUACUGAAAGAGUUCCUUAAAAAGAAACCUCACAAGGAAGACAAGAAGGAUAAACCAGACACCGCAUGA